UGGGCGUCACACGGGGACAGGACCGAUCAACAUGGCGGACGAGGCGACCCCGCUUGUCCGGAAAGACAAGUCGGAGGAGGAAGGAGGCUCGACCUUCGCCUCCUCAUUGGGCGCCGUGAUCACGUGUCUGGCCAGCGCCAUCGGGACUGGGAACAUCUGGAGAUUUCCUCGGAUCAUCGCCAACAACAGUGGAGAAAAAGGCUGUCUGCAGUUCCUGCUGGCCUGGGUGCCGUUCCUGAUCCUGUGGUGCGUGCCUGUGCUGGUGAUAGAGUACGGGGUCGGCAGGUACACCCGGAAGGCCACCGUCCUGUCCUUCGCCCGGCUGCUGGGGCCCAUGUACGGCUGGCUCGGCGCCUGGAUCGUCCUCACCAGUUUCAUCAUAGGCUGUUUCUAUGCUGUAAUCGUCGGCUGGUACUUGUACUACUUGGUCAUCACCAUCGGAUGGGAGCUGCCCACAACAGCCGACGAGAGUUCGGAAAUCUUCCAGCACUACACUGAGGAAACAGCUUUGCCUAUUCUUACACAUGCCAUCAUCGUCGUCAUGACAGCGGUCGCCAUCUUGAAAGGGGUCAAAACGUUCGAACCGCUUUUCAAGGUGAUGAUCCCCUUGUUGUUGGUCCUGAUGUUCGCCACCUUCAUCUGGUCCAUGACGCUUCCUCACGCUACGGCAGGCGUCACUUUCACGUUUUCUGCUGACUGGGAGGAGAUGGGCAGGCCUGGUCUGUGGGUGGACGCUCUGGUACAGAACGCCUGGGACACAGGUUCUGGCAGUGGACUGUUCCUGGUGCUGGCCACCUACAUGACGCGAACACACGGAGUGGUCCGGUACAGUACCAUCGUGCCUGUCGUCAACGAUCUCGUCAGUCUGAUGUGCGCUCUGACGUUGUUUGGUGUCGUCUUCUCUUUCUACCUGUCUGCCAAUCCCGGCAUGCCCCUGGCGCCCAUAGUGGAUCUGCUGAAAGAGAACGGCCCUGCCAACACUGGACUCACACUCAUAUGGGUGCCUAUACUAUACGGUACCAUGACAGGAGGACGGGUGUUGUGUGCGAUCUUCUUCCUGUGUGUUCUCAUGGCGGGAUGGAGCAGUCAUAUCACUAUUGUAGAGUCGGUAGUCAGGAACAUAGAGGACUUCGGAGUUCCACGGAAGCUGACUGUUCUGGGCGUGACGCUUCUCAUGUUUCUGAUUGGUCUACCGUCAGCACUGGACAUCAAUUUCCUCGUCAACCAGGAUUUUGUGUGGGGUUUCUCACUACUGUUCUGUGGGAUUGGCCUGACGAUACUUGCCUUAAGAUUUGGGGUGCGGAAAUUCAGAGAUGUCGUCAUUAACGAGUACGGCUACCUGUUUGAUUGGCACCUGCCUGUCGUGUGGAUCUGGGUCAUAAGGUUGCUGAUUCCUGCGCAGGCGCUGUUCAUUUUCAUCUGGUGGACGAUAGAGCAAGUUGAGAGCGAGGUCCGGCCGUGGUACGAGCUGUGGCGGGAGUCACUCAUGAUGUGCUGGGUACAGUGGGCCGGAGCAGUGAUCGUAUUGUUAGGAUGUAACCUGAUCCUGGUGCGGUACUGGCCGGACAUCUCCUACCGCUGGGGCAUGUACAGGCAACACAUACAGGGCUCAGCAAGUUCAGACAAGGUCACAGAAAUCACCAUGGGCAACGAUGUUGACAGCCCGCUGGUUCUGACUGACAGCACGCAUGCCUACGUGUCUGUGGGAGCACACCAGACGGAUGGGGUAUGAGACACAGCCAGACAACACUGGUGUGAUACACCUUUCAGUAUAAUUUCUUGCUGGCUGUUAUAACUUUGUAACAAAUUAUGGUGAUUGUAAUGAGAUGCUGGCAGAGACAGCCAUUUUUGUAUCAGGGAAUUUUGAUACCUAGUAAUCUAGAUCAUGUUGAAUGGCAUUUGUGCAAUAAUUUGUGUAAAACACUAAAUUAAAAUUAAACUUGCACACCAGAGUAUUCCUGAAGAGAGUUUAAACAAAUAACGGUGUAAAAUGUAACAAGUCUAACUGAGGGAAGGACUUUGUCAAAGUACCAAAGAGUCUACCAAUGUAUAAUUGCUUUAGCAAUAUCUGUGAUACGGUGCAAUACUUGCAUAUAGUUCUCACCCAAAGGGUGCAAACAUGUAAGAUAAAAAUGUAAUUAAUGUAUAGAUUUUUGGAAACACAAUUUUCUGUAAUGUUACUUCUUGCAAUGAUUAUGAAAAGUUAUAGUUAUAGAAGAUUUUGACAUCAUAUGCAAACAUCUCCAUUUUCAAGAUUUACACAGUUCAUUCAGGUGUAAAAUAAACCUACCAGUGCAAUAAUGAAUAUGAUUGUAAUUUGUUAUAUUUUUGCAAUAUGAAUGAUCAUUGACAAAUGUUGCAGUACACACAUGGCAUUCCAGUUGGCAGCUAUGAGCAAUAAACUUCAAAUUUUCAAUGUUGGAAUUAG